CGUGUUCUUGCACACUCGCGGUGGGAUGGAGAACGACGAGCCAAAGCCCAAGGCGCGCGGCCACUCGGGCCCGCGGAAGCGCCGACCAAAGAACCGCAACAAGAAGAAGGACGACGAUGGCGAAGUAGCCGGCGCGAGUCCGGCGCCAUCGGUCGUCGUCCGCCCUGGGGAGGCCCCGUCGUCGCCGACGCGAUCCAAGCUCUGCGCCUCGGCCAAGCCAUUUUCGCCGACCAAGUCGCCACCACUGCGUCCAGCAGCUGGAUCACCGCAGAGCAUAUCGCCACCGUCGAGUCUCGAGGUCGAAGCCGCGACCCGUGCGUACUGGGUCCAAUGGGCGAUUGAGGCCGCCGAGAAGGAGCGCGCACGCCGCCUCGGUCUUCUUGCCGAGAUCCAGCUCGCCGAAGACGUCGAGCGGCUCCGGCGCCAGUCGUGGGCGAUGCGGGCCAUCGAGGCGGAGCAGCAGUCGCGCACGGCCAACAUGUUUCUCGAGGCCAUGCAAAACACAGCGUGGUUCCAAGCGACGAUCUCGCCGUCCUUUCUCGACUACGAAGUGGUGUGUCCCCACAGCUGGUUUGGCUGCAGCUACAGCUGCAUGCUGCGCCACGUCGAGGAGCAUCUGCGGGACUGUCCCUAUCGACAAGUGCCCGACACGACCGUCGCCGAACCCAUGGACCUCGACUCGUACGACAUUGUGUGCCCGAACGCAAUCCUUGGGUGCAAGGCCGUGUGCUCUCGGGAUGCAGUCGCCGAGCACCUCUUGGUCUGCAGCGUCGUUCGGACGCCCGAGGCUGAGUACGAAGAGCGCAUGAACAAACGCGAAGUCGUGAUCCAAGCCAGCGAGGACGAGCGGCUUCGCCGCAUGCACGAGACCAAGCCGUGGCCACUCUCGGAGCUCCAGCGACUCUACACGGAGCAAGCCGGCGCUUUGCAGAUGCGACUGCACUCGGAGAUCGUCGCCUUCGCCGACUACACGGCGUCGCCCGUCGAUGCGACCGCGGUCGCCUGCGUUCUGUCGCGUCUCUGUGCCAUUGCGCAGCUCGUGUGGCCCAACGUUUGCGUGGAACCGUAUGGAUCGUUUGCCACGCAGCUCAACGGCCCGUCGAGUGACGUCGACGUCGUCAUUGGCUACUUUGGGGACGCGCCCGUGCCGCCGGUGCCCCAAUUUGAUGUCGAAGUGCUUGCCGACGUCUUGAUCCGCAACGGCAGCGAACGCAUUGUGUUUACAAACAUCCAGGCCAUUCCACACGCCGCGAUUCCGCUCGUCAAGGUCCUCGUCGAGCUCCACGCGGAGGACGCGGAUCACGUCAUCCACGUGCCGCUCGACAUCACGUUUUGGAACCUGCAGCACUACGGCCUCGCGAGUGCGGCGCUGUCGCGUCAGCUGUGCGCCGACUUGCCUGGCUUGCGCGAAGUGACGCUCGUACUUAAGUACUUUUUGAGCAAGCGCGGUAUGAACGACGUGUACCGCGGGGGCCUCUCGUCGUACGGCUUGCUGCUCAUGGUGGCCCACGUGAUGUUGUUGGACGAGCCGAAAGCCGAGGCCGUGCCCGACGAGUCCGAUGCGGACGUGCAAGGCGCUAUCGUACCGUGGCAGCAGUCGCGUGGCGUGCAGAUCGGUCGGGCGAUCACGUCACGCGUGUGCAGCGACGGUGCUUCGCCCAACCUCGGAAAACUCUUCAUGGACGUCUUGCAGUACUACGGCAAUGACUUCCAGCCCGAGGUCGACGUCGUCACUGUCCUCUUGUGGAUUGGACAAAGUGAGCCGUGGACGACUCUGUACAUUCAAGACCCGCUGCACGCGCCCAACAACGUCGGUCGCAACUGCUAUCGUAUUUCGCACAUCCUACGCGGAUUCAACGACGCCCUCAACUACCUCACGUCCCUCAUUGUGCGCGGGAACGACCACAAGUACGCCUCGAUACUCGACCACAUUCUCAACGGUCCGAUCGCGCCGCCAUGAUCGUCUUAAUUUAAUAGCACCCAACCCUUCUUGCCA